AUGAAAACUCGUGCAAAAACAGCAAAUUUAAUUAAAGAAUUUUUUUCUUCUUCCCAUUAUGCAGUUGUAGGUGCUUCUAAUGAUCCAACAAAAUAUGGCAAUAAAGUUUUAAAAUGGUAUAUCUCUAAUAAUCGUCUCGUCACUCCAAUUAAUCCGAAUGAAAGAUUAAUUGAAGGUUUAGAAUGUGUUCCAAAUCUUUCUUCAUUAAUCUCAAACCUUAAUCAUACUGAUGUCUCGGUCUCAGUUAUUACUCCUCCGAAAAUUACUAAAACUAUUCUUGAGGAAGCUAAAAAGCUUGGAAUUAAAAAAGUUUGGUUACAACCAGGAGCUGAGGAUAUUGAAUGUCAAGAUUAUGCCAAUCAAGCGGGAAUUGAUUUGCUUAGUGGUGGUCCUUGUGUUUUAGUUGAUGGUCCAAGAUUAUAA